AUGGAGAACCGUGUCGUCGACGAUCUGGCGGGCCUACCUCAAUAUCUACAAAACAUACUAACUCAGCUGCCAGAAGACCACUCUAUUGCCCUCAGCGAAACCAGGGGCCCUUCAGUGUCGGACGUCAAAAAGCUGGCAGAUCGGAGGAAAAUAUACGCAUAUCUGCUUCUCUCGCGCCACCGCUUGACUCAACUUCUAGCCCAAUGUCCCGGUCCCUGUCCCGACCUCAUUCUCCAGCGUGCUGAAGUCUACGAGGCUCUCGGGUACAGUGAACUGGCGCUGGCGGAUGCCUACGUCUCGUACACCCUUUGUCUCGUGGCUUUGGAUGGCCCUGAUGUCUCAGAUCUUGAGCCUGUUGAUUCGGACGGAAAUCCAUGGCCGGCUUCUGAUGGUGACCACGACGAGAUUGAGUCGAACCCCAUGGCCCUGGAGCACAAAUACCGUUCGCUGGUUCUGAUGUGUCGCUCCGCCAUCAUUCUGGGUGUUCAAACCCAAGCGAAACUGUGGAUCGACGAGGUGCUGGCGGUGAAGAGAUCCAUACGCCGGUUGAGCGGGGAGGAGCCUCGAGAGCCGGUCAAGGACAUUGAGGAAGUAGUGGGAGACUUCUCCAAAUACUCCACUGUCUACGAGGACGAGUCCAAGUUCCAUAUAUGUGUGAAGAUCCUGCGGCGGGAAGUCAAGCCCACUCUGUUUGGCUGGUGUCAGCGCCAAAUAUACCCGUGGAAUGAGCAUGAGCCUGACAGAAUGUCCAGAGAAGCAUUGAUCGAGAUCAAUGAAAGGCUCCACCAGGCCGCUCCGGAUUUGGAGGUGGAAAUCUCCACACUACCAUAUCUUACCCCAGCUCCAACUCUGAACGGGGAUAUGGAGAGGCUUUCCGUCGGUGAGGUGAAAACCCGUGUCUCUUUGACGGCUAGAUGCUCUUCCCAAUUGGGGUUAUUUGCCAGAAGGCAACUUGCACCUGGCACGACCAUCUUGAGAGAGCGCUCGGCUCUGACCGCCAUACGACCACAUGGCGAGGCUCUCUGCGACGCCUGUGCGGCUGAUAUGGAAGGUAUCGAACGAGAGGAUCGGAGAUAUUGUACAGGGUGCAAUAUCCCUUUUUGCUCGGAAGAAUGUCAGACGGCUGCAAAAGAACGCUACCACCGGCCGAACGAGGAAGACUACCAGACAGACGAGGGCUAUCCUCCUGCUGAGGCGCCUUUUUGUCCCGGAUCAAGUGGCAAUGACGACCUUCACACUCUUGGUCGGGCUGAAAGUUCGACUACCCCCGAAUGGGAUUUGUACUUUUUGCUCCUGUCUCGAACCAUGCAGCUGGCCGAGACACAGAGAGUGCACCCUCUGGAUCUGUUUGAGACGAAAUACUUGUGGGGAGACUUCUCCCCAACACCGCAAGUCAUGGAUCUCUCGUUCAAGAGUGGGCCGAAAUCACUACCAUACAGCGUGCGCCACCAUGUCGAGUUGCCUCUGCAGUGGUUUGAAGUUCUCAUGCAUUCACGAGAGAGGUGCAGACCAUACAGUGCCACUUGGCUAAAGAAAUACGACUGGUGGAUUAUUCAGACACUUUAUGCUAAGUUUCGAGGAGUUGCCGACGCACAACAAUCGACUUGGACAGGCAAACCUGAGGUCGCAGCCGUACAUCCGCUCUGGUGUCUGGCAAAUCACAGCUGCAAUCCAAACGUGACUUGGAAACCUUCAGGAGUGAGGAAUCUGACCGUCGUCAAGGAGAAGGUGUGGGAGAGGCCUGACACUCCUUCAUCCACCGCUUGGGCAGGUAUCAAUGCUGGCGAGGAGAUUUGGAACCAUUACACCGAUGUGCAGGAGAAGGACUUCCGAGAGCGGCGAGCCCGGUUGCAGGCGGUUCUGGGUGGAGAUUGCCGAUGCGAGAGGUGCAUAUACGAAGCAGAACAAUAUGGACCCGGCUUGGGAAUUCCAGAUUCGGUAGGGGUGAGAUUGAAUUGA